AUGGAUCUGGCGCAGACGCUUGUGCGCUCCGUAGUGCGCGCAUUCUUCGACACUCGAUCUAUCCUCAUUAUCGACGCCCUGAUCAUACAUUCGGCCUUGCGCGAUGACGACAUGGCCUAUCUGAUGUCGAUGAACACCAAAGAUCUCCACAAGCUCUGCGCGCGGCUGAGAGAUGACCGGUUCUUGGCAGUGCAUACCAGGUCGGAGUUGCGAGAGGGCCAGCAGCGUCCAAUCAAUCGAACGUACUACUACAUCGAUUAUCGCCAGACCAUCGAUGCCAUCAAAUGGAGGGUUUACAAGCUGGACAAGGAUAUGCAGGGUACCAAGGUUCCGGCUAGUGAACGGAAGGAGUAUUUCUGCUCUAGGUGUAAGGCCGAAUGGACACAGAUGGAAGUCCUGGACAGCGUUGGUCCUGCGGGCUUCCUCUGUCACCGUUGUGGCUCUGUUCUCACCCAUGAUGUCGAGCGUCAUUCCGCCGGUCACGAAAAAUCUACGAGGCUGAAUAAUCAGUUUAAAUUCAUCACCGACCUAUUGCCCAAGAUCGAUAGCGUCGUUAUACCCGACAACACCUUCGACGUCGCCUUUGCGAACGCUCGCGCAGUUGAGAGAGAUGCUCAGCAUCAAAUCGCAAGGAGUGUGGCGGUGGACAUGGGUCUUAAUCGGCCCACUGCCGUCAAGGGUCUUGCGAAUACAGGCCCGAAGACAAUCGAGGUCAGCAUAUCCACAUCAGAAGGCCCGACCGAGGAGGAGAAAGAAGCAGAGCGUCUCCGAAAGGAGAAGAUUGCCAAACAAAACCAGCUGCCCUCCUGGAUGUCGAACAGUACUAUUACAGGGGAGUCCUUUUCUGCCACCCCAAAUACGGGUUCGGCUUUACCUGCGAGCGAGGCCGACAGCAAAGAUGCUACCGGGAAGGAGUCUAUUGACGCGAAGCAGCACCAAGAGAUUGAUGACUAUUUCGCACGUCUCAAGGCGGAGCAGGCAGCCUUGGCGGCUAAGAAGGAAGAGGACGAGGAGUCCGGAUCCGAGGAGGAUGAAGACGACUUUGAAGACGUCGUUGCCGGUGGAAAUAAUGCCGGGAUAACUCCUGCCAGUACAGCGCCAACUGCCAAUCUCCCAGCAGUGCCCUCACCACUUCGACAGACUAGUGUGCCUAUCAAGAGAGAGAUUUCGGUGGAAUCGCCCUCCAAGCGUGGUAGUCCCGGCUCUGACGAUAGACCAGCCAAGAAAGUCAAGUUGGAGGAGCCCGCGGCUGACGACGGUGAGAGCGAGGAUGACAUGGAAUUUGAGGACGUGUAA